AUGGAUGUCUCUAAAGCAAAAAUCACGUCGGUUGACGACAUCGCCGAGACGCUAAAGCAGUUCGGCCUCGAUACCGUGCCCCAGGCCCCGAAUACCUUCCCCGCGCUCAACCCAUUCGAUGUAUACCGAUCGCAUAUAACAGAGCUGCUAGCGAAGGCGUCGGGCAUAGAUGCGAAGAUUAUAUACCCGGCGCUACAGUGGACGCAGACGCUGGAAAAGGGAGAUCUGUGUAUUCCAGUGCCCGCGCUGAGGGUGAAGGGCAAGAAGCCUGCAGAAUUCGCAGUGGAAUUGGCUCAGCUGUUCCCCGAAUCCCCCCUCGUCCUCCCCCCCACCGCCAAAGACCAAUACCUCCAAUUCUUCUUCCGUCCCGCGCCCCUCACAGCCCUCCUGCUUCCUUCCAUCCUCAAAUCCGGGCCGUCCUUCGGCUUCAACCCCUCUCUUGGCCUUGAAGACCCCUCCAACCCCUCCUCACCCCGCAAGAAGCUCAUUGUCGAGUUCUCCUCCCCCAACAUCGCAAAGCCCUUCCAUGCCGGCCAUCUCCGCUCCACAAUCAUCGGCGGCUUCCUUGCCAACGUCUACGAGGGCGCUGGCUGGGAUGUCAUCCGUAUGAACUACCUCGGCGACUGGGGCAAACAAUAUGGUGUCCUAGCCGUAGGAUUUGACGAGUUUGGCAGCGAGGAGGAGCUGGUCAAGAACCCGAUUGGGCAUUUGUACGAUGUGUAUGUUAAGAUCAGCAAAAUUUCGGCGGAGGAGGCGGACAAAGUGAAGGCACUGAAGGAGGAGGCGGCGGCGGCCAAGGAGAAGGGAGAUGCAGAAGGCGCGGAGAAGCUCGAGAAAGAGUACACUAAGAUACAAGAGGAGGGCGUGGAUGAGCGGGCGAGGAAAUACUUCAAGCGGAUGGCAGACGGCGAGGAGAGGGCACUGGGUAUCUGGAAACGCUUCCGUGAUCUCAGUAUCGAGAAGUACAAGGCUACCUACGCCCGUCUGAACAUCCAAUACGACGACUACUCUGGCGAGUCGCAGGUCAAGGAGGAGAGCAUGGAGGCUGCGGCGCGAAUAAUGGCUGAGAAGAAGGUCAGUGAGGAGAGCGAAGGUGCUGUGUUGGUCGACUUGACCAAGUACAGCAAGAAGCUCGGCAAAGCGCUUGUCAAGAAGAAGGACGGCACGUCGCUGUAUCUCACCCGUGAUAUCGGUGCGGCGUUUGAGCGUUUCGAAAAGUAUCACUUCGACAAGAUGAUUUACGUGGUCGCUUCGCAACAGGAUCUGCAUCUCGCGCAGUUGUUUAAGAUCGAGGAGGCCAUGGGCCGCAAAGAUGUAGCGGAGCGCUGUCAGCAUAUCAAUUUUGGUAUGGUACUAGGCAUGAGCACUCGUAAGGGAACGGCAAAGUUCCUGGAUGACAUCCUGAGGGAUGUGGGCGAAAAGAUGCACGAGGUUAUGCGUGGGAAUCAGGCCAAGUAUGAGCAGGUGGAAGACCCUGUCAAAACUGCUGAUACGUUGGGCAUAUCGGCCGUUAUGGUGCAAGAUAUGAAGGGAAAGAGAAUUAACAACUAUACUUUCGACAUGGACCGCAUGACCUCCUUCGAGGGCGACACAGGACCCUACCUCCAAUACGCCCAUGCCCGCCUCUGCUCCAUCUCCCGCAAAGCCGGCUUCGCUCCCGCCGACCUCACCACCGCCGACCUCUCCCUCCUCUCCGAGCCCCACGCUAUCGACCUCGUCCGCCAGCUCGCGACGUGGCCCGAUGUCUUCCUCAAUACGGUCAAGACCCAGGAGCCAACGACUGUACUAACGUAUCUAUUCAAAAUGGCGCAUGCGUUGUCAAGUAGCUACGAUCAUCUCCAGGUUGUGGGUUCGGAAAAGGAGGUUAGUAAGGCCAGGGCGGCACUGUAUGCGAGCGCGAGGCAGGUGCUGUGGAAUGGGAUGAGGGUGCUGGGGCUGAGUCCUGUGGAGAGGUAUGUGCUGUCGCUUUCCUAUGAGGUGAUUGUGGGGCCGUGCUAA